UUUUCGUUUUUAGAAAAGCAAACCAACCCUUUCGCCAACAGGCCACAACAGGUCCAGUCCCUUCUUUUGCAAACGGUGACCUGGUUAAGUUUCGAUUCUGAAAGCUGAGCUCAUCCUUCCCAUUGCCAGAGCCACUUCUGCGAAGUCAGCGGAAUAACAGGAAAAGAAAGUUUUGAGAUAGCUUUGGAGGAGGCGUGGAGUUUGGGGGACGGAGGAGAGUUUUGCCCUGUGCCUGGAGCAGAGAUCUCUCUUUUUGGGUUUCGCUUCUGAUGGGUGGACAGUUCUCAUACGAGCGUUGUCCCCAAUCCCCGACCGAGAUGUCGAAGAAGCCCUCAAGGCCAAAAUGGAAGUUUUGGGUCACUGUCUGCGCUUUGGCUGCCACCUUGGUCCUGUUUUUCACCUUCCUGGUUUUAUACGUAAAGGAAAGGAGUGAAUGCGAAUCGCGGCGAUACAACCAUACCUUCUCCGCCGAGGGCAAAAUGACAGGAAGCGAUGCGCUUCGGGCACAACUGGCAGCUGUCAAUCAGAGCCUGGCAAACACCACAGAGCAUUGGGACUCCUGCAAAGAAGAACUGAAACAUUGGAGGGAAAACACAUCCGUGCUGGAAGGUGCCGUCAAAGCGAAGGAGGAAGCGCUCAAACAUCUGGAGGCUGUCAAUCAGAGCCUUGCAAAGACCACAGAGAAUUGGACAUCCUGCGAAAAAGAACUGAAACAUUCGAGGAAAAACACAUCUGUGCUGGAAGGUGCCGUCAAAGCGAAGGAUAAAGCGUUCAAACAUCUGGAGGAGGAAAAAACCCGUCUCCAGAAUCAGCUCUCCCAGUUGAACAACAGCCUGGAAAUCUACAAGCAAGAAGGAAACAAAAAGGAUAAAACAAUCCAGCGCUUGAAGGAUCAGCUCAACACACGACAGACAUCUUCCGGCAUGGUCCUUUCCCCUUCCUUCCUUAUCCCUUCCCUCCUCCUUUUCAUAGCACCUGGAGUCCUCUGCAGUCUCCUGUAGUUCCUCUGGCUUUUGCACUUGCAAGCACCCGAAGAAAACUUCCUUUUUUUCCGGGCUGUGUUUUUUUCUCUUUUAAAAAACCUUCUUCCUGCUUCGUCGACCGAACCGCCGCUCCUCCAUCUGCAAAGCUGCUUGCGAGAUACCAGAGGGCAUCCAUACCCACCCACACCCACCAGUCUUGAGUGCGAAUCCAGCAGUUGCGGGGUUUACCUGUUGCGUCCGAAUCCAACCCUGAGGCUGAAACGCAGAUAUCGCUGCAACCUAACAUAUCGUUACAAAAAUGGGGGGUGCCUUCCCCUCUCUCUGCCCAAGAUUUUGGGGAGAGGGGUCCCCAGCUCUCACCCCAGGUCUCAGUCCCUUUGAAGAGGCACGGCGGAGAAAUACGGUUUAUUCGCUUCUUACGCCUCCAGUCUGCAUGCAGGGUGUCCAAAUUUUGCAGCACGGCCGUUUCAAGAGGGGCUUGGCCCCCCACGACUGUGCAGUUCCGCAGUCCAAAUACUGCUCUUCCUAAAUUGUUGAACUUAUUUUAGGCGAACCCCAACAUAAUUGAGCUUCUGUUUUUAGGAAGACCCUAAAAUUGUUGAGAUUCUUUUAGGUGAACCCCAACAUUGUCGAACUUCAUUUUUUAGGAAGACCCCAAAUUUGUUGAACUUCUUUUAGGUGAACCCCAACAUUGCUGAGCUUCAUUUUUUAGGAAGACCCUAAAAUUGUUGAAUUUCUUUUAGGCAAACCCCAACAUUGUUGAGCUUUUUAAAGGCAAACCCCAACAUUGUUCCGCCUUUGAAAUCCCAGCAACGCCCAGGAAAAUCCAGAUUUGCAGCAAUCCUACCCCCCCAGGUGUCAACUAAGAAAGGAUUCGAUUGACUAGGAUCGGAGACCUGGACACACACUGGACGGUCACUUGGUUAAGGAACUCUUCCCAUGCUCAGAAGUGCGUCCACACAUUCUAAUACGCAGGGAUCUCGACCGCACGCAGAGACAGGCGACGGGCACCCACGAUGAUAACAAAAUAUGGGUGCCCCUUCGUGCCACUGGUCAGGAGAGAAGCUGCGCUCUCAAAUUUCUGUUGGAGACCACCUCCGUCGGCGAUGUGUUUUGGUUAAGCUGUGGGUGACAGUCUUUAAAAGGGUUUGCCCUUUGUUAUUCUGGGCCUCUCUUACUUCCUUGCACGGCUGGGGUAUACUCUUGUUUGCCACAGAAAAUAAAGAUCUUCUUUGCUUCCACGGGA